CGCCGUAACAUCAAGUCCGACGAGAAUAAUGAUAUCCAGGACAUAGUGGAUGUACUGAGUGACAUCCAGACUGUAAAGCUCCUGAUCUUGUGACUUGACAUACUCAUCGCCUGACUUCUGCUUAGGUUAUAGUGAAGGGCAUCGCGAACAAGUUCAAAAGCGUCAACAACGAAGUCCGCGCCGGGAGGGAGGAGCUCCUGCGUGACGCAGCUGAAGACUUACACGCGUUGGCAGAUGCAUAGUCAGUGAUUCAUUCCAGACACAAGUUGCUGACCAGAGUUCAUUCUGCUAUGAUCAACCAGUGCAACACAAUACACCUCGUUCAUAGUCCUGGAGGAAAGUUAUUCUAAGCACCGCGCGGCUAUGACACGUCACUGGGAGGGCGUGAUAAAGUCCAGCGAGCAACUUCAAGAUAAUUUGAAGAAGGCUCUCGAGACACACGACCGCAAUGUUUCUUCCAAGACGUUUCCAAAAUCACUCUUUCCACCGAACUCCAGAUUCUUGAAGCAUUAAUUUCGUGUAUCUUGAUGGUCAUCGACAUGUACUGUAACUACCCGCACCUUGCCAGCAAAGGAUUUUCUGUUGUUCAACUACUGUUUGCAAAUCGAAGUUCAUGAUGUGUUUGUCUUGCUUGUGCGGGUCAAGCGACAGCGUGA